CGAAAGAAGUCUUCUGAACCUUCUUGUGCACAAUGGGCGCCUUCCCCGUAUUCUUCUUCACCGGAGUGAUAAGCCCCUCGUUCUCGCUCUCUUCUUCUUCUACAUCAUCCGUUUCAUCGCUCAUGAGAAGGGUGUAUGGAUUCGACUUCAAAGAAGCCGGGAUGGUCGGAAGGGACGAGGCAGGAGUUGCCAGAGACACGGGAGAGACUUGCGAGACGGUAGAGGUGGGAGUGACGGGUGACUUCGAGCCACUAGAAACGGACUCGGCGCGAGUCACAGAUUUGUCUUGAGAUUUCGAGCCGGCGAUAGCGGCCUGAGGAAAAGUGUAGGGUGCACCCCAUUGUUCAUCCCAUUCGUGUGCCAAUUGUGACAAAGGG